GAACAAACGAAGGUAUAAAAGGUGAAAAUCCAUCUCAGGUUAUUUUUGUUUCACAUUGGACGACUUAGUCAUUGUGUGAAAAUGAAAUAUUUUGUGGUGUUGCUGGUUUUGUCCUUGGCUACCGCCGCUUGGUGUAUCAGCUCGACUUACUAUGAUCCCAAUUACGGUUACGGCUCUGGUUUGAACAACUACUACAAGCCUUCAUAUUCUACUUACAAGCCUUAUUACGAACCUGCAGUUGGAUACAGACCAUAUCAAGGAUACGAUACAAGUUACGGCUAUGAUUAUUUGCCUGCUUAUUCCACUUAUCAGCCUUAUUACGCCUAUAGACCGUUUUACAGGCCUUAUUACGGCAUGCUAUAUAAUCCUUAUUACUUCGGAAGCUACAAGCAUGGAAUUCGAUAUUAUGGCUCUGAUAAGAAAUAAAUAAAUAUCUUCGUGCUGAAGUGUAGCAGAUAACUAAAUAACCCAUGAAAUGUCUAAAUUUGCGAAAAAAUUGCAGACACGUGUUUCAGGGUUACAAAUAGCUUCUUUUUAGAUGCAGAAGAGGUGAGGUUAUGGCUUUUGUCGGAUGUCUUUUUAUCCAUAAGCUUAUUUCUUUUGCAAUGAAAAAGGGGUUCCUUGUAAAACCGAAACGCCCGUCUUCAAUUUCUUUUUUGAAUUUAUGCAUUCUAUUCGUUGUUUUAUUAUCUAAUAUGGCUUUGAUACUUGAACUGCAAACAGCUGAUGUUUAUUUGUUUCAGUUUAGUUGUAUAUGUAUGAUGAUUUUACAGAGUUUUGUGAUAAUGUUGAUUUAUGGCAUGAGAACUAUCAACAAUGUUUGAAUCUUCUACUGAAAAUUAUUUGUAACAUUUGCUUGUUCGCAGAUUUAAUUUUGGUAAUGGAUAUUCCAAACAUUUUGCAAAUGUCGAAAGCAACAUAUAUAUUUAAAUUAAAAUAUUCUAAUUCAUUAACG